CAGCCCUGCAGUCCAUGGAGCGGUUCGGGGCUGCCUUCGUCUUCCCGGAGGGCGAGGCGGGAGGGACCCCGGCCGGAGGAGGAGGAGGAGGGGGCGGCUUGGGCGGCGACCGUCCGGCGCGGCAGCAGGCGCGGCACUACCAGCUGCUCUCGGAGCUGCAGGCGCUGGUCAAGGAGCUGCCCAGUUCUUCUCAGCAGAGGCUCUCCUACACCAUCCUCAGCGACCUGGCCUUGGCCCUCCUUGACGGGACCGUCUUUGAGAUCGUACAGGGCCUGCUGGACAUCCAGCACCUGACGGAGCGAAACCUCUACAACCAGCGGCUCAAACUGCAGACGGAGCAUCGAGCCCUGAAGCAGGAGACCUUCCGCAAACACAAGGAGGACCAGCAGAGCUGCCAGCCACACAACCUGCCCCUUCUGAAGGCCGCUCAGCAGCGAGAGAUGGAGGCUGUGGAGCAGCGAAUUCAGACCGAGCUGCGGAUGAUGGACGAGAAAAUAGUCUUGGAGCUGGAUCAGAAAGUGGUGGACCAGCAGAGCACCCUGGAGAAAGCUGGCGUCUCUGGCUUCUACAUCACCACCAAUCCCCAGGAAUUGAUGCUCCAAAUGAAUAUGCUGGAGCUCAUCCGGAAGCUGCAGCAAAGGGAAAUGCAGCCCAGGCAGCUGUUCUCUUGAGAAGGGACACGGGGACCGUCUCCCACCACACCUGGUAUUGACCCUCGUGGCUCUGGUGGAAAAAUGGAUGACGAGUGUGUUGUUUUUAUUUAAGAGGCUUGCCCCACAAGAGAGCAGAACAAGGCCGGGGGUCAGGCAGGCCCAGAGCUUUCUUGCUGCCCCCCCACCCACCCCCCUCGCGUGAAGGAGCUCAGAUCAAGUUUGUCUUUGGUCCUUUUUACAACGGGGGUCCUGGUUUGUUUGUUUUUUAAUAACGCUUGAGGAAUUUCCAAAAUAUCUAAAGGUUGAUAUUUUGAAAUUGUAAUAUAGGGAAUACAGGCUGUAAAAAGGCAAUAAACGCCAUUUAUUUAUUCA